UUUAUGAAUAUAUCAAAAUAUUUUCAAAUUAGCUCGAAUAUUUAAUGAAUUUAAAAUUAAAAUUAAAAUUAAAUUAUUAUACUUUUUAUACGAGGUCAAACCAAUUAAAAACUAGCCGAAUUUGAGUCCCACUCGAAAUGUUAAUAUUGUUAACACCCCUGGAUCUAUUUGCUAGAAUAGUUAAAGUUUGAUAUCUUUGACCCUUUGAUAUAAGUUUAAGGUGCACAUUGACCCUCUGUCCAAAAAAAGAAAAAAAAAAAAGAAUUUGAAUCGCUGCAUGCUUACCACGGAAGCAAAAUUCAAGAAUAAAAUUAAGCAGAAGGCUUUCAUAAAUGAAAAAACAACAGAACUGCUGCUGUACGAAAAGGAAAAAGGAGGGGAAAAAACGGUGCUAAAUCUUUAGGUGACAUCAAUAUAUAUUCCCGCCUGGAUAUGGACCUACCAAAUUCUCAGUAGCAUUACAAUAUCAUCAGAGAUUGCUUCCUCCCGAAUCAUUGCAUAUUUCUGAUCAAUUAAUCAAAUCCGAAAACACCCAUUUCACUCUUAUCCCUCUCCUUUUAUAUAUAUAAUCCCUCCCUGCUACCCCAAAACAGAAAAACACACCAAUACAUACUCACUAAAACAACAAUGGCAUCAGGUGACACAAUGAUGCCGCACCACGGCGGCAGCGUAUCUUCACUUACAUCUGCCUGCACCACUGGCAGCAGCACCAGCACCAGCAGCAUUCACGUCCACCGCAAAGCUUUGACACACAUGACAUUCUUCUGGGGUCAUACAACUGAGGUUCUUUUCAAAGGUUGGCCUGGUUCCAGCUCUGGCAUGUAUGCAUUAGCCUUGAUCUUUGUUUUUGUUCUUGCGGUGGUUGUAGAGUGGUUUAACUACUGCAGCAUCAUCAAGCCUGGAACAAAUAAGGUGGCAGCAGGAUUCUUCCGAACUGGAAUGCAUGCUGUGCGUACUGGGCUUUCUUAUAUGGUGAUGCUUGCUGUUAUGUCGUUCAAUGGUGGUAUUUUUCUAGCUGCUGUUGGUGGACAUGCGGUCGGGUUUUCACUUUUCGGGAGCAAGGUUUUUAACAAGUCGGAGAAGAAGCCUGAUCUCCCUCCGAUUAAUCUAAAGUGCUGAAGUUUUUGGUUUAAGAGAAUUCUAAGGAGGAGGAUGAUUGAUUUUUUCUGGAAUCUGUCGACACAUUUUCUGUUUUUGUUUGUUUCAAUAAUGAAACUUGUGCAUAAUACAGAUACGAUGAUUUGGUUCUUACAUAUAUGUUAUGGAAAAUGAAAGCCCAAAUAAAAGGGAAAUUAUUUU